AUGCCCCUCCUCUCAACCACCUCCACUCUAGCCUGGAAGGCCGGUGCCCUCCUCACUUCGAGCGGGAUUGUGGCGGGCGCGUUUGGAGCGCAUGCGUUGGGUCCUAGGUUGGGCGAGAAGGCGGGGACUUGGACGAUGGCGAGCCACUACGCAAUCAUGAACGGCAUCGGACUCCUCGCCAUCUCCCAACACCCAACAUACUCCAAGCGCAUCGCCAUACCGCUCAUCAUAGCCGGCACGACCCUGUUCAGCGGCUCGAUCUUUGCGUUGUUGCUCUACCGCGAGCGGAUGGGCGCCUGGACGAAAAUUGUGGGACCGACGACGCCCCUCGGCGGGUUGUUGAUGAUCGGGGGAUACCUCUCGCUUCUCUUCUAA